AUGAAGAAAUCUGAAAAUGAAUCUGAAGUUGAAAUCCUCAAGGCUGUGGCUCAAGCAUGGCAUGGCCAUUCCAGCAGUUCAAAAACAGAAACCUCGGAAUUCGAUGCCCGCAGGUUGAAUUUCAAGAACAAACCAACUAGGUUCAAGCUUGAAGCAAUGGGUGUGUAUUCAAGAGAAGACGGUGUAAAAUCUUGGGAUUUUGGGCAGUCACUUUGGGAUUCUUAUGAGAUUGUGACAGUGUCUAAAAGAUUGGAAACUGGACUACUGUUGGAAAAUCCAUUUUCUGCAAUGGAUGAACAAAAUUCUGCUGCGAAAAGGCGAAAAGAGAGCUCGAAUAGUUUGAGGAAAUUGUUCAAUAGAACGUCUUCUAGGAGAUUUAAUGAAAGAUGA